GACGAUGAGUUCAUUUUCAUCACUAAUCUCGUCAACGGUGUCGACCAGUACAAAUUUCCAUCCCUCGAGCGACUCAGGUCAUAUACAUAUCCAAUUGUUCACAACCGAAUCAUGCAGAUUGCGACUUUCGGUACAAAUAUCGUUGUAGGUGGAGAUGACGGGUUUGCCCGUCUCUUCGACAGUAGAACGGGUCGUUUGAUCGAAUGUCUCAACCAUUCUAGUGGUGCGUGCAAGGGUUCAAACCUUUCUUAG